AUGUCUCCAGGAAGUAUAACUGAAGUGUUCUCAACUCUCGCUGCUCCACUCUUCUCUCCCUCUUCCUCUUUUCAUUUCACGAUAUCCGAACCCGCCACUCGAACCACCGACACUUCCCAAUUACAACACCGCUACGAUUCCGGCCAAAAUAAUAACGCUUCCACUUCUGGCCAGGUCACACUUUCAGACUUGCGCGCGAAGCUUGCCGCCGUUGAAGCCGGAAUCAACAGAUACUAUGCCAAGUUGGAGAAGAUUCCUUACGAGUGUCAGCCGGAUCUUAUCAUCUGGCAUUACGUUAGGUCCAUGACUCAGAACCUCAAGAGCAAGCUCAGUACUUUCACCGUGGAGGAGCACGACGGGUACGCUCAAGUGGCUGCUGUCCUAGAUACUAUCUUCCCCGACCUCAAGAGGUUGGAGGAUAACUGGAAGAUGCACGCGCCCCCGGAGAUGCAGGAUUGA